ACCUCCUCCUUUCCUUUCUCCUCUUCAACCUUUCAAUCCCCCAAUACAUAUUACUGUUUCCUCAUCUUCUGCGUUCUUAAUCUUCAGAAAAUUUAAUGCUUUCUGUUUCAGAUUGAUGGAAUCACUGCAUGCGUUUUGUUAUAUUACUCUAGUUUUCUAAUAUAUCAGUUUCGUUUUCUGUAACUUUCCCGAGAAAAUCACAGAGAGAAAAAAAAAGAAAGAAAGAAAAAAUGAAGGGUGAUCAAAAACAGAGUCCGGCAAUCUCCCCCAUCAAAUUCUUCAAUGCCCAGUUGUAUUCCAUCAAUCGCGUCUCGUAUUUUCUCCUCUUCACCUGCGGUUUUACUCUCGGGGUCAUCUUCACUUCACAUGUUAGAAACUCAUCCUUUGAUCUACACAGCACCCAGUUCUCCCUCUCCAUCCCUCCAGCGUCAACGCCAUCCUCACCGCCUCCACCACCACCACCACCACCACCACCACCAAAACCCAUGCGAAUAGGACUGAAGGAAUAUCUCAAGCCACCCAUCAUCAGACAUGACAUGAACGAUUCUGAGUUGAUCUGGAGAGCAUCAAUGGCACCUCGGAUUCAUGAGUAUCCGUUCAACCGGAUUCCAAAGGUGGCUUUCAUGUUCUUGACGAAAGGUCCUGUUCUAUUGGCGCCGUUGUGGGAGAAAUUUUUCCAAGGACACGAAGGGAUGUACUCAAUCUAUGUCCAUUCGGAUCCAUCUUUCAAUGAAUCAGAAACAGAGCCCUCAAUAUUUCAUGGCAGAAGAAUUCCCAGCCAGAAAGUAGGAUGGGGUAAAGUGAACAUGGUUGAAGCUGAACGCCGCCUCCUGGCCAAUGCACUCCUCGACUUCUCUAACCAGAGAUUCGUCCUCCUUUCCGAAUCAUGCAUUCCGCUCUUCAACUUCACCACCAUCUACUCUUACCUCAUCAACUCAACUCAGAGCUUCGUCCAGUCUUACGUCCUAGAAGGCCCCGUCGGCAACGGUCGAUACAACCAUAAUAUGCGUCCGGAAAUCACAAUCGACCAAUGGAGAAAAGGAGCGCAGUGGUUUGAAAUGGACCGAGAUCUCGCCGUUGAAGUGGUUUCAGACCAAACAUAUUUCCCCGCGUUCCAAAAGCACUGCAAGGGCAACUGCUACGCAGACGAACAUUAUUUACCAACAUUCAUUACCGCGAAGUUUCCACGGAAGAACUCGAACAGGACAUUGACUUGGGUCGACUGGUCUAAAGGCGGGCCUCACCCUAACAGGUUUAUCCGGCAAGAGGUGACAAUAGAGUUCUUGGAGAAGCUGAGGAGCGGGACGACAUGUGAAUACAAUGGACGGACAACAAAUGUGUGCUACUUGUUUGCAAGGAAGUUCUUACCUACUUCACUGGGUAGGUUGUUAAAGUUCGCGCCCCAUGCCAUGAAGUUCUAACAGAUAACCUUAGGUAAAUAUAAAUAUAUAUAUCUUUUUUUUUUAAAUAGUAUUUUUUCUGGCACUUGGCCCGUAUUGUCCGGUGGCUAGAGCCACUGAAAAGUGCACAUCCUCCUCCCUUAAGCGGGUUUUGAACCCGUUUCAUGAUAAAACUGUUCAAAAAAA